AUGGAAGAAGAGCAAGCUGUUUUAAAAGAAAAAAUUGCCUUAGCAGAAAAAGCGGCUUUAGAAGAAAAAAUUGCUUUGGCAGAAAAAGCUGCUUCAGAAAAAAAAAUUUCUUUAGAAGAAAAAAUUGCGUUGGAAAAGAAGGCUGUUUUAAGAGAAAAAAUUGCUUUGGAAGAAAAGGAAAGUUUAGAAAAAGCUACAUGUUUCGUCAACUUCCGAGGAAAGCAGUUCAGGUUUUGCACAAUUCAUGCAACAUUCGAAGCUCAAACCAAUGGGGAAGCUUCUGAGUUACAAACUACAGAACAAACUGCAUCAAUCUCAAACAAACAAUUUCAAGAAAUCAAUGAAAUACAAGUAGCUUCAACUACUCAACAGGCGGUUCAAAAAAAGGAUUUUGCAUCUUCACAAUCGCAACAGCAAGCAGCGUCUCGCGAAUACCAAGCUGCAACUUCUGCACAAAUUAAACAACCAACAUCCGCAUCUAGCCAGUACCAUACUCGAGAAUACCAGGCAGCAGCUUCUGCAGAAGUUCAACAACAAACAGAGUCUAGCCAAUAUCUGGAAGUCGCUUCUGCACAAUCUCAACAACAAGAAGCAUCUAGCCAAUACCAAGCAGCUUAUUUUGUACAAUCUCAACAACAAGAAGAAGAGUCCAGUCAAUACCAGGCAUCUGCUUCUGCACAAGCUCAACAACAAGAAGAAUCUUCAAGUCAAUACGAGACAGCAGUUUCUGCACAAGCUAAACAGCAAGCAUCAGCAUCUAGCCAAUACAAAAUAGCCACUUCUGCACAAUAUCAACAACAAGAAGCAUCUUGUCAAUACCAGACAGCUGCUUCUUCUCAAUCUCAACAUGAAACAGAGUCUAGUCAAAAUAGGGCAGUCAUUUCUGCACAGGCUCAGCAACAAGCAUCAGCAUCUAACCUGUAUCAGGAAGCCUCUUCUUCACAAUCUCAACAACAAUCAGAUGAAUUUAGUCAAUACCAAGCAGCCGCUUCUUCCCAAUCUCAAUCGCAGGUAGCCUCUAGCCAAUAUCAAGAAGCCACUUCCACACAAGCUGAGCAAACAAGCAGCAACAUCUAUCCUGUACCAGGACGUUCAAGGGCACACUUCUGUAUCAGAGCAGAAAAAGCUUCUACAUCAUCAGAACAGGGUGCCGCAUCUUCGCAACAGGCAUCGUCUUCCUCGCAGCAGUUACCAGAGUUCUCACUAGAGAUAUCAGAAUCCUCACAAAAGGCAUCGGAAUCCUCGCAACAGGUAUCGGAGAUCUUGCAACAAGCAACAGAGUUCUCGCAACAGGAAGCAGAGACAUCAAUACAGAGCAGACUGCCCAGUCCUCACAACAUACAUAGGAAUUCUCACAAAAGGUAUUCGGAAAGGGAUAUAGAGAAGUUCUUACAACAGGCAUCGCAGUAUUCUAAACAGACAACAGAGUCCUCGCAACAGACAUCGAAGUUGGAAAUACUAUUACCAGCACCAUUGCCAAAACCUCUUCCAGUGCCUCUCCCAUUACAAGCACCAAUACCUCUCUCAGAGCCUUUGAGAGAAACUAUUCCAGAUCCAGUACUGCUUCCUGAGCCUUUUCCAGAAACAAUACCAGUGCUAUUACCAAAUCCAGUAAUUCAUUUACAACCUUUGCCUAAUCCUCUUCCACCUUUGCCAAUACUUAUCUCUAGGCCCUUACAGAAACGUCUUCCAGCUCCAUUAAAGAAAACAUUUCCAGUAUCAUUGCCGAAACUGCUUCCAGCACUUUUGCCAAAACCUCAUCCAGCUCCAUCGCCUAUCCCAUUACCAGCACCAUUGCUAAAAGACUUCCAGUGUCUUUGCCGAAACCUCUUCCUGUGCCAAGACAUCCUCCAGCGCCUGUACCCAAAUCUCUUCCAGUGUCUGUGACGAAACCCCUUCCAGUGCCUGGACCUA